UUCUUCCUGCAGCUGGAGCCAGAGUUGAGGAACGGUGGAAUCUGCCUGGGUCCUGCCUUACCCACUACCCUGGGCUCAGGCAUUUUGGAAUGAGGCCCCGCAGGCCUGAGGUUCUCUCAGACCCGCCCCCAGCCAUGGCAUGCCGGCUGCUGCCCUCCUGCGUGCUCUUCCUGGCCUUGCUGGGCAUGGCCCAAGGUGCCAGGGACACUGUGGUACCCAACCAACCGUUCACCACCGUCUGGAACGCAGACACCCAGGGGUGCUUGGAGAGACACAGCGUAGAUGUGGACGUCAGUGUGUUCGAUGUGGUUGCCAACCCACAGCAGGCCUUCCGCGGCCCUGACAUGACCAUCUUCUACCGUGACCAGCUGGGCACCUACCCCUACUACACGGCUACUGGGGAGCCCGUGGCUGGUGGCCUGCCCCAGAAUGCCAGCCUGUCCACCCACCUGGCCCUCGCAUGCCACGACAUCCUGACUGCCAUGCCCCAGCCUGACUUCUCCGGCCUGGCGGUUAUUGACUGGGAACCAUGGCGCCCACGUUGGGCCUUCAACUGGGACAGCAAGGACAUUUACCGGCAGCGCUCGAGGGAGCUGGUGCAGGCAGAGCACCCUGACUGGCCCCCUUACAGGGUGGAGGCAGCGGCCGAGAAACAGUUCCAGGAGGCUGCGCAGGCCUGGAUGAUGGGCACCCUUCAGCUGGGGCAGGCUCUGAGGCCUCGCGGCCUCUGGGGCUUCUAUGGCUUCCCUGCGUGUUACAACUAUGACUUUCUCAGCCCCAACUACACAGGCCAGUGUCCCACGGACGUCCGUGCCCAGAAUGACCAGCUGGGGUGGCUCUGGCGCCGUAGCCGGGCUCUCUACCCCAGCAUCUACCUGCCUGAAGCGCUGAAGGGCAGUGGGAAGACACAGAUGUUUGUGCGGCACGGCGUGGGGGAGGCCUUCCAGGUGGCCCGGGCUGCUGGGGUCAGUGACCUGCCCGUGCUGCCCUAUGCUCAGAUCUUCUAUGAGAUGACUAACCACUUCCUAUCACUGGAUGCCCUGGAGCAGAGCCUGGGGGAGACUGCAGCCCAGGGAGCAGCGGGAGUGGUGCUCUGGGUGAGCUCGGAGAACACACGGACCAAGGAGUCAUGCCAGGCCAUCAAGGAGUAUGUGGACACCACCCUGGGAUCUUUCAUCCUGAACGUGACCAGCGGGGCGCUCCUGUGCAGCCAGGCCCUGUGCUCGGGCCACGGCCGCUGUGUCCGCCGCCCCAGUCACCCGGAGGCCCUCCUCUUCCUCAACCCUGCCAGUUUCUCCAUCCAGCCCUCACCUGGUGGUGGGCCCCUGACCCUGCGGGGGGCCUUGUCCUCUGAGGAUCAGGCUCAGAUGGCUGAGAAGUUCAUGUGUCGCUGUUACAGUGGCUGGCAGGGAGCGUGGUGUGAGCAGCAUGGUGUAUGAGGAUCCAGAGGCUGGUCACUUACAAAUGCUUGCACACACACACA